CAUUUGUGUGAGGGUUGCUGGAAGUAUCUGAUGUAAUUACGCAAUAGACCUUCAAACGUAUGUGUGAAUGUAAUUUUUGUGUAUUGGUAGUGCAGAUACAUGUAACAGGUCGCAAGAGCUGAAGGUUGAGAUUGUUUAAUCUGAUAAACCUAAUAUAUUGUAGGCCUGGUAUCAAGAAAAAACAGGAAAGCAAUUAGAUGGAAGCUACAAAGCUGUAAGAUUAAACUCGCAGCUUUACUUUUAGAAUUGUAAAUGUAUUUUAUUCAUAUGCAGAAUACUGGCAUUACUGCAGUGCUUUUCGUAAAGCAUCUGUAUUAUAGUCUGUUGUGCUCCAUAUAUUUUUUUUAGUCAAACUUCAAAAUGAGUCAAAUGUAAGACAAGGACAGGAAAGCAGUCUACAAUUAACUAGGGUAACUCACUAAUUAAGUAAUUUAUAAAACUAGCAUUGACAGAUGAAGACUGAAGUGUGAUUUCAGAAGAGUGUCACACACACCAAUGUUGAAGACAUGGCUGCAGUGAUGAAAAAUACCAGGAGAGCUACACAAACAACAUAUACUGAAAGUUUCUGGUUCAAGUAUGCUCUGUCAUCUACAGCUGCAGCAUGUGCAGAAACAGCUACUUAUCCUUUAGACUUGACAAAAACUCGGCUUCAGAUCCAAGGAGAGAAAGGGAUAGAUUCCCAUACAUUAAAAAAACAGCAUGUCACUCCAGGAGGGAUGCUGAGAACGGCUGUCAGUAUUGCAAAGCAUGAAGGAAUAGCAAGUUUUUGGAUGGGAGUAACACCUGCUGUUUACAGACACUUAGUGUACACUGGUUCUCGAAUGACUUUUUAUGAAUUUAUUAGAGAAAAUUUUCUUCACAAAAAUCAAGAUGGCACAAUAGAUUUUUGGAAAGCAGUAUUAGGUGGACUUACAGCUGGAGCUGCAGGACAGUUUUUGGCUAGUCCAACAGAUCUUGUGAAAGUCCAGAUGCAAACAGAGGGAAUUCGGAGGUUGCAGGGUUAUUCUCCAAGAGUACAGAGUACUUGGCAUGCUUUUACCAAGAUUUUAGCUGAGGGUGGGAUUCGAGGUCUUUGGAAGGGUUGGGUUCCAAAUGUUCAGAGAGCAGCACUAGUCAACUUGGGGGAUUUGACAACAUAUGACUCAAGUAAACACCUGAUUCUGAAGUAUACCACUUUUCAUGAUAAUGCUUUGACUCAUGCUUUAGCCAGUGGCUGUUCCGGUUUGAUUGCAGCUACACUGGGAACUCCUGCUGAUGUAAUCAAAACCAGGGUGAUGAACCAACCCACAGAUAAGAAUGGCAGAGGUCUUUUGUACAAGUCAUCAGUUGAUUGCUUGCUACAGACAGUGAAAUAUGAAGGUUUUAGAGCUCUUUAUAAAGGUUUUAUUCCCAUAUGGACCAGAAUGGCUCCUUGGUCUCUGACAUUUUGGGUUACAUACGAAGAACUUCGGAAGUUUUGUGGUGUUUCCUCAUUUUGACAUUUAUGUUUCUACAUUUCAUAAUAAUAUAUACGUACACAUCAAAAAAAAAAAAAACAUACAUAAAUACUCAAUUAGUUAUAGACUGCCGAAAGGUAUAAUUGUAUAACUUGUUUCUAUGAAAAUAUAUUUGUUUUAACAUUUCCAUGUUCAACAAAAUUGACAGGGAACCCAAGCUCUGCCAUCUUUUUUCUCAAAUUGCUGUGCAGCUGACAGAUUCGUAUUAUAUUUUCUACAUGCUGCACAGACCUUGUUUUAUAAAUGAUGUUAACUAUGCCAAAGAGGUAUAAAAAAAAAAAUAUUCUAUAGUAUUUUUAAUAGAUGUUGACUGUAUAAGUAGAUGUAACAUACCAUAGAUAUGUAGCUAAGGGUCUGUUUGUAAAGUUUUGAUUUAUUAGCCUGUAAGGUACCAGGUAUGAUUUAUUUUCAUACACAAUCAAAUCGAUUUAAAUAUGAUUAUGUGUUUAAACAUGAUUAUGAGUCUUGUUUCCUGACAACUGAUCAUUUGAAACUGUGAUGCUAUGAUUCUAUGUAGCUGAUUAGUUUUAUUUGUUGGCAUUGUAUUAAAAGCCAUGAAUAGUU